AUGACUGCAGUUGCUAGCCCUCCCAGUUUUUCGAACAUCAACCGGCCGGCAUGGGGGAUUAACGGCGGUGGUGGCCAGUCCUUGAACUCGAUGAAUUCCGAAGACGUCAGAGGCGUUCUGAUGCCUCGAAAGUCUAUCCCUCGCAACAACUCAUCCUCGUCCGUGUCUUCCAGCGCGUCUAGCUCUUCUACAUCAACAGCUGUUAGCACAAAUGGUCAGACCAACGGCGUCGCGCAGUCUCCGGCCGGAGAUCUAGGUGGCUGGCCCAACACUGCACCACGCAAGAGACCUCAAGGGAAAGGGCAGUGGAACGGAGCCAGGCUGGAGGGAGGGACAGAGCUAGGCAGAAUGCCACAGGCACGCCCUCAGAUGGCCAAUGGCCUGAACGGGGCUGCACCAAUGUCUCCAUCGCCAUUGCUACAGUCUCCUGGACAGUUGGCCCCUCAGAGGCCCCUCACAGACACGAUACCGGGCGGGCAGCCCGUGCUCUAUCUACUGUCUCUCAACGGUACAUUUGAGCGAAAGACGAUCCAGGUUCCCUUCUACCCCGAGACCUUGCGCGUCGGCCGGCAAACAAAUAACAAAACGGUUCCAACCCCUAUGAAUGGAUUCUUCGACAGUAAGGUGCUGUCAAGACAACAUGCGGAGAUAUGGGCGGACAGGCAGGGAAAGAUAUGGAUUCGCGACGUCAAGUCGUCAAACGGUACUUUUGUGAACGGAACACGGCUAUCCCCCGAAAAUCGCGAAUCGGAGCCUCACGAACUCCAGUCGUCUGACCAUCUCGAGCUGGGAAUCGACAUCGUGAGCGAGGACCAGAAGUCUGUGGUACAUCAUAAAGUAGCGGCCAAGGUUGAACAUGCCGGAUUUCUCAAUCCCUCAAACAACCUCCUGGACAUGAAUUUUGGAGACUUGGAUCCGGCAAAUGGGGGAAUGAUGAUGCCCCAGCCUGGGCUACCAUUCCGGACCAGGACCGGCAGUCAAGCUUCAGUGGGCACAAACGGACGGAUGGCUGGGGGCGCACAUAUGAUGAAUGCCCAGUCUGCUGGCGUGGCAUUCAAUAAUCGCACCUUUAUGAACAACAGCUUUUCAACGGAGCUUAUUGUAAAAAAGCUGAGGAACGAAAUGCGAAACGCGCGGCAGCAAGCUCAAGACCUGUCUCGUACCAGCAAGUUUUUGGAUGCAUUGUUGUCCAACGAGGACAUCAAAAAUCAAGAGAAACCCGAACUACCAGAACCUGUGAAGCCGCCAGUAGUCAAUGGCAACGCGCAUUCGUUCCGCUCCGAUGGAAAGACUCGAUUUUCUGACCCUCCGGCACCCCCACCACAACAACCCCUCCCCGAAAAGCCUGACGUCGCGAGAUCCCAGGGUGAUGUGCCAUCUUUGAAACGCGCGACAACCGAGCGGCCGAAAUCAGGCCCAUCGAGCGCAUCACCGAUUCGCCAAGAUAAUCUGAGUCAAAUCAUACAGUUGACAGAGGCACUGAAUAGUGCCAAACGGGAAAUCGACAAUCAGACCUCAAAAAUGAGAGAUCUAGAAGACAUGUUGCAGAGAGAGAGGCAGGCGCGGGAAGCAGCAGAAGAACUUGCCAAGCGACUGGAAGAUGACGCUCACUCACGUAUGAACGGAUCCGCGAAACCACAAAUCGAGGAUUCCACAUUGGCAGAAGCAUUCGAACCCCCUGCGGAGCACACAAAUAAUGACAAUAAAUCGUCUGAAGAGCCUCAGACAACGAUACCACCGGAAGCCAGUGAACACAAGACGGAUUCCCUGCAGUCACAGAUCGACAAUAUGUUGUCAGAGAUGAAAGGCUUGCGAGAGCAGGUCGACAACUACAAGAAGCAAGCAGAGCAGGCUACAUCGGAACGGGAUGCGGACCGCAAGACGUUGGCCGAGAUGGUACAGCAGAUCCGUCAGCGGGAUGAGGAGACUGCAGCCCUCAAGGCAGCAGCUCGAGCCCGGACGCGAUCCAGAUCAAACGGGAGGGAACGCAGCGCGACUGUCACAGCCAGAGAGCCAAGCAGAGGUCGAUCCGUCGCCAAUCGCGCCGAUGGGACUUCGGCGUCCCUCGCUAGUAUUGACGAAGACGUAUUGGAUGAUAAGCCCACGCUCUCUAGGGCCAACACCAUCACGCCGACGCCGAGAUCGCCGUCGAAACGCGCGGUCUCGGACCAGGCGAUCAUGGAGAGCAUUCCGUACGCCUCAAUGAUGGGUGUGGUGUUGCUGGGAAUGGGUCUCAUGGCCUACAUCAACGGGUGGCAACCACAGCCUCGCCUUGAUCGGUGA